AUUUUGAGAUUUUUAUUUAUGAACUUGGAAUUCAAAAGUUUAUUCAAUUUUUCUGAUGUUUUAAAUUUUGUGUUAAAUUGAAAAUAAUUUAAAAAAACAAAUCAAAAAUAUAAAAAUAUGGCAGGACAUAUUGUUAAAUGGUGGAAACAUAAAAUUCUUGGUGGAUAUCAUAAAUUUUCUGUUCUUCAAGAAUGUCCCACCGAUUCCGAAGAAUUAAUGUACCAUCAAGUGAGAGCACAAUCAUCAUGUAGUGCUCCACCAGAUUUAUUAUUAGUUAGCGAUAGAGAAAGUAAUCAUCAACAACAUUUAAAAUCCCCAAUAUCAAAUGGAACAUCACCAUCACCUAAACGUCUUGAAAAUGUACAAUUACAACAACCACAAAAUACUCAUAAUCAUCAUCAUCAACAUCAUAAUAAUAAUAAUAAAGAAAAUACAAAGAAAAUAAUUUCAUCAAAUAAUGAAAAUUCAAUAAUAACACCACCUUUAAAUGGAGGUGAUUAUCAAAAUAAUCAGAAUACUACACAAAAUCAUCGAUCUAAAAUUGUUAAUAGUUUAGGUGAAAAUCAAACUUGUGAAAAAUUAAAAGACAAAGUUAAGAAUUCUACUGAACAGGAAAUUCAUUUGGAGGAAUUUACUUGUGAUGUUUCUGUUGAAGGUGGAAAAUCUACUCAACCAAUACAAUUCUCAUUUACAUUCUAUGAUUUAGAUGGACAUCAUGGUAAAAUUACAAAAGAUGAUAUUGUUGGAAUUGUGUAUACAAUUUAUGAAUCAAUUGGAAAAUCAGUUGUUGUACCACAUUGUGGUAGUAAAACUAUAAAUGUUCGUUUAACUGUAUCACCAGAAAGUAAAUCAAAACAAAAUCAAAAUAAAAUUACAACAGAUAUUGUUACACAAAAUCAUCAUAGACAACAUCGUAUACGACCAAGAAAAUUAAUAAAAUCUGAUGAUGAAGAGGAAGAGAGUGGUAGCGAAAAAGAUGGAAAUACAAAAGUUCGUAAUCAUGUACAUCAAACACAUCAUUUUAAAAAAAAAUUAAGUGAACAUAAAAGAAAAUUAAGAGCGACAGAAUCUAAUAAAAAAGAUAAAGAAAAAGAAUGCUGUUUUGAAUUAAGUGAGAAAUUAAAUCAUUUAAAAAUUGAAGCACAAGGUAGUGGCAGUACUAGUGGUAUCGGUAAUAAUAAUUCAGUUCAAAUAAAACAAGAUAAGGAAACAAUUGACUCAAGUAAUUGUAAUAAUUUAAUAAACAUUGAUUGUAAUGAUAAGGAAGAAGAGGAAACAUCAAAAGAAAGUGAUGACGGUGAUUUAUUACAAAAUAAUUUGGCUAUUCAAAAAUGUGUUAAACAUAGAAUAAAAUCAGGUCGACGAAUAAAAAAAGAAAAGCAUUCCGAACAUCAUAAUUCUGAAAUGCGUCGAAGAAGUUUAUCUGUUGGAAAUGAAUGUAACUGGAGAAAAAGACAAGAUUUAAAACCUUCUCGUUUAACUUCUGGUAUAAAUGGAACAAAUUUCGAUAAUGGAAACAAUAUUGGCCAGGAUGUAGUUGAUGGUGAUUGCCGUGUAGAAUUUCGAAAUAAUGGACUAAAACGUAAUGAAUUAAUUGAUAUUAUAAGAGAGAGUAUGGAAAAAAAUCGCUUGUGUUUCCAAUCGAGCGGAAAACCUCAAGCAAGUGUUAGUCCAAUGCGACAUCAUCAAUACCAUCGUCAAAGAUCUAAUACUGUUUCUAAGAUACCUACCGCGGUAAAUAAUCAUAUUUAUGAUGUAGCUGGUGAAAAAACACAAUCCUUACUUGGUGGUAGUCCUUCAGUAGCUAAUAAUAAUAAUCAUUCCUCAAAACAUCAUUACCAACAGCAUCAAAUUUAUAGCAGUCCUCAAAUGUUGUAUCAUCAACCAACAUCAACAUCUUUCCAACAUUCACCGGGAUCAAUCACAAAUUCGCCAUUGAAUGGUAGUAAUAAUAGUGGACCGCACAUUCCAAUUUAUCAUCAACAAUUAGCUAUUAAUCCUGCUAUAUUAUCUGCUGUGCAAAAUAAUAUACAAGCAAAUUUAGAAAAAACAUCGCACACAAAACAAAAUUUAUGCGGUUAUGAUUCAUUUUUACAUGCGAAAAUGUGUAGUAAUAGCACAAACAAUGGAAAAGGCUCCGGAAAUACACAAAACUCACCUAAUCAUUUUCAUGUUCCUAAUAAUCUUCAUCAUAGUAAUAUUAUAAAACCACUAAAAUCAUCACGACAAUUAAUGAAAUUAUCAAGUCCUUAUUUUAAUGAACAACAACAAAUUUCUUUAAUAAAUCUCAAACAUAAAAACUCAUCGAACGUUCAAGAAUCUCAUUUACAAAAUAUACAAGGUUAUCAACGUUUAUAUGGCUCAAAUCAAAGUAAUGCCACUACAACUACUACUACAACAGCAACAACAGCUAAAAAAUUAAAUACUGCUUUAUUAAAUAUUAUAAGUCCACAACUAACUGCUGAAGAGAAAUUAUGUCGUACUAUUGAUCAUGUUGAAAAGUGGUUAAACGAGCACGGUGCCAGUAUUACUAAUAUUUCUGAUGAUAAGUAUAGUAAGAAAGAUGUUAAAAAUUAUGAUAAUUUAUUAUAUGUUAAACUAAAUGAAAAAUUUGCUCAACAACAAGAGCAACAGAAAUCACAGCAAACAAAUUCAAAUAAUACAGUGUCAGACAAUACAAAAGGAAAUUUAAAUAAUAACAUUGGAGAUAAUAAUAAGGAAAAUAUAAAAAAGAUUUAUCAUUAUCAUCAAAAAUUAUUACAACAGCAACGUAAUAGUACAACUUCAUCCACAUCAAAUAAAUCUAACAGCAGAAGUAAAUAUAUCACUGUCGCAACACCAACCGCGUCAAAAGUUAAUCAACAUCAGCAAUCACAAACAUUUCAACAAACUGCAAUCGACCCAAUUGAAUGUGAAAAUCUUUUAAAUACGGCAACAUCAGAUGAAGAAGAAGUUGAAGCAAAUUGUAUUUCCGCUGCAACAACGCCAGUAUCACCAGUUUUAACACCGAAUUCUCCAAGUCAAGAAACUCAAGUUGGAAACGAUGGAACUCCAAUUAUUGUUGAAGCUGGCAAUUGUAAUCAAAAUGAAAAUGUUAAUAAUGACCAUACCGCAGCUCCAACAGGUACAUCAAUAACAGGGGAUAAUAGUUGUAAUAAUAGUUCAAAUUCAUUAUCAAUGAUUCAUAGAUACGUUCACGAACAUAUUCAUCAUCACUAUCAUCAUUUUGAAAACAAAGAAGACUGACCUUUCUAAUUCUAAUCUUAAAUAAAAAAAAAUAAAUUAUUAAAAGAAAGGUUUUUACUAAGUUACAAAACAAUAAUAGAUACAUAAUAUUAUAUUCAAGAAAUAUUAUUUUGUCAGAAAAAAUUUUAAGAUAUAAAACUUUUUUAUAUUAUUCCUAACAAAAAUAAAAAAAUAUAACUA